AGGUUAUUUUUCAUUUAACCUUUCGCUCUAUCUCUCUUCCUUCUCUCUCUACAAAAUUUUUGGAGAGAUUUUUCUCCCUGCUUGCCUUUCUGGGGUCUCUUCAUCUGAUCAACCUCAAUUUGGCAUCAUCCAAAGCAUUAUAUUUGUCAACAUGGGGCAAAGGAAUACACCAUAUAAUAAUAGUCAUAUGAUGACUGAUCUGGAAGCUGAUCAGCGAGGACAAAUCCAUCCCUACGGGAAUGUUACAGCUUUUCCCCAACCUAAUGUCCAUUCACUAUUACCAGUACGAGUGUCAGGAAAUGCUGGUAAUGGCUUCUUGCAUCCUUUGCCGGAACAUCACAACAACACUUUGUUUUAUGGGAUGACACAGUACAAUAGAACUAUUCCUCAGCAUCCUGCUGCAAAUCUUGACCCAGCUCUUGCUACAUCUUCUAAUCAUCAUGAUCCCUACAUGGCUGCACCGUCUGCUACCAGAGAUUUCCUUAUUCCAGUAAAUCAUGGAACGCAUGAUCAGUUCUCAUUUUCAAGCAAUCAUGGCAUGGUUGGAAUUCAGACAGCUAGUCAUGGAAUAAGCAAUCCUUAUGUGGAUGGUGUCAGAGGCUCAUUCAAGAUAAAGAGUGCUGAAGGAAUCCAUCAGAAUCUGCAUUACCAUCAUGCUAUGGUGGGUUCUAGUUCUUCUGUUGCCCCAGUGAUUGCAAGAGCACAUGAAUCUGAUGCUUCUUUGAUGAAUGCCACACCUAUGCUACCUGAUCAUGGUGACUCAUCAUCAGCUAUUGAAGACGUAUCCCAGAGAAGUGUGAGGAACGGACCUCUCGUAAGUGGUCCGGAUUCUGUUGCAGCACAAGGCACUAAUCAUUUUGUUCAUGGAAACUAUGCGGGUGCCUUUCAGUUGCGUGGUAAUCCUUGGUCAGACAUGCAAUUCAACAAUAAUACUGGUGAGGGUGAAACUUGGUCGUGGAAUCAGGCUGUUCAUUUGCCUUACAUGCAUGGUAGUAUGGCUGGGCCCAUUGAGACUGGAAACAUGGGUGGUAUACAAGGUUAUCAAGUAAGAGGGGGCAAUGGGAGCUUGACUAGCUUUAUGCAUCCUCCCAUUCCUCUAGGGCAUUCAAAUGUUCAUCACCACCCACAAUCUGUGCAAGGGAUGAGAGGCCAUAAUAUUAAUUUCCCUCCAAUGAUGGCAGCAUCUUCAAGCAGACACUCAACAAAUCCACCAUUAAGCAGUAACAUAAAUCCUUUCCCAGGUGUUGUAGAGACAGGUACUAGUUAUAUGGGAGCGUUUGUACCGGCUGGUGUUAGACUAUACAGGCCACUUCGUAGAGGCUUCAUGGUUGAGACAAAUAACGUUUGGCAUCGCAAUAUUCCUAACCUGAGGUUUAUGCCAGAAGAUGGAGUGACCAUGUUAGAGAUUCCUGGCUACUACAAUGGCAUAGGGGAUUCUGCUGAUCAGCACAGUGAUAUGCGUAUGGAUAUAGAUCACAUGUCUUAUGAGGAGCUUCUUGCACUGGGUGAGCAGAUUGGCAGUGUAACUACUGGGUUGUCAGAAGAAUUCAUUACAAGCCAUUUGAAAACAAAACCAUUCACCUCCUCAAAAACAUCACCCGUUUCCAAGGGUGCAGAAUGUUCGGAUCAAAAUACUGAUUUCUGUGUCAUAUGCCAGAAUGAUUACAAGGACCAAGAAAGUAUUGGAACAGUUGAGUGUGGCCAUGCGUAUCAUGUAGACUGCAUAAAGAAGUGGCUGGUUGUGAAGAACAGUUGUCCCAUCUGCAAAUCAACAGCAAUGCCAACGGAGCAGAAAGAUUUGUGAAUUGAAGUUCGACAAUUAGUGCGACUUCUUCUGAAAGUAGAUUACCUUUUAUAGUAGUAUAUCUAAGUAUUUAUUACAUCCAGAGGGAACAUUUUGUCAAACUGUAAAAUGUCUAUAUUUUGUAUAUACUUUGGCCAUCUAGCAGGCAAACCUGUUUCAAAACUAUUUUGGCGGGCUGGCCUUAAAUCUCUCAUCCGGAACUGUACAGACAACAGAACAAUGAUUUUUGUUUUAUAAGACAUUGAAGAAUAGUUAGCUGUA